AUGGGGGCCUUGACGGUCUUGGCCUUCUGCGUGCUGGCAAGCCUGCUUGCCGCGGAGCGCGCCGAGCGGCAUCUGCAGGUCCACAGGGCCGACGCCAAGCCUUCAAGCCGCACGCACAUCGAGGAGGUCGCAGCCGGCAGCGCCACGAGGCUCGGCGCUGCCACGUCUGAGUGUACCGGGCCGGAGGCCUUAAGGUCUGCCUUCCUGGAGCUCGGGAUCCCGGCUGAAGAGCUCGCAGGUGAUCCCUGCUACUGGCCUGGAGCCGGCUGCGAUUCGAGAGAGUGCGUGGUGGAGAUCGACUUGUCAGGGCGGCCGCUCUCGGGCCGCGUGGGAGUCCUUCCGCGGGAGCUGGACUUUCUGGACCUUUCGAAUACCAAAGUCCACGGAAACACCAGCGCCUUGCAACACCUGACGCAUUUGAUGCACCUGGACCUCGACAACACCCAAGUUGCCGGCGACCUCCAGCCACUGGCUCCCCUCACCCAGCUGCAGGCUCUGUACCUCGAUAACACCCAAGUUGCCGGCGACCUCCAGCCACUGGCUCCCCUCACCCAGCUGCAGCACCUGCGCCUCUUAAACACCCAAGUUGUGGGCAACCUCCAGCCACUGGCUCCCCUCACCCAGCUGCAGGAAUUGUACCUCUCUAACACCCAAGUUGCCGGCGACCUCCAGCCACUGGCUCCCCUCACCCAGCUGCAGGACCUGCGUCUCUUAAACACCCAAGUUGCCGGCAACCUCCAGCCACUGGCUCCCCUCACCCAGCUGCAGAAGCUGUUCCUCUCCAACACCCAAGUUGCCGGCGACCUCCAGCCACUGGCUCCCCUCACCCAGCUGCAGGUCCUGGGCCUCUCCAACACCCAAGUUGCCGGCGACCUAAAGCCACUGGCUCCCCUCACCCAGCUGCAGGACCUGGGCCUCUCCAACACCCAAGUUGCCGGCGACCUCCAGCCACUGGCUCCCCUCACCCAUCUGCAGUUCCUGUACCUCUCCAACACCCAAGUUGCCGGCCACCUCCAGCCACUGGCUCCCCUCACCCAGCUGCAGGUCCUGUACCUCGCUAACACCCAAGUUGCCGGCGACCUCCAGCCACUGGCUCCCCUCACCCAGCUGCAGGUCCUGUCCCUCGCUAACACCCAAGUUGCCGGCGACCUCCAGCCACUGGCUCCCCUCACCCGGCUGCAGGAGCUGCGCCUCUUAAACACCCAAGUUGCCGGCGACCUAAAGCCACUGGCUCCCCUCACCCAGCUGCAGCGCCUGGACCUCUCCGACACCCAAGUUGCCGGCGACCUAAAGCCACUGGCUCCCCUCACCCAGCUGCAGGAAUUGUACCUCUCUAACACCCAAGUUGCCGGCGAGCUGCAGCAACUCAAAGCCCUCGGCCAGCUGCAGAUCCUGCAUCUUAGCGGAGCCCCUGUGAAGGGCCAGAUUGAGCGGCUCACCGACUGGCCAAACCUGACUGAGGUCGAUCUCAGCUCCACGCAAGUUCACGGGCGCCUGGACUUUUCGUGGCGCGGAUCGCUGAGGAAGCUUGCUACCCUCAACCUGGCGGGCAGCCAGGCCGAGUUCCUUCCCAGCAGACAGUUGUUCCAGUUCCAGGACUUCUUCAUCGAGGAUUCGUCCCAGAGGCUCCUGCCAGCACUGAUGACCCUGGACGUCUCAAAGUGCCCUCUCAACGGUCCUGUGGCAGACCUCCUGAUGCCGCUGGCGGCUUCAGGGCAACUCACCCGCCUGCUCGCCAAGAGUGCCAACCUCUCUGGACAUGUCCCAGACAUAGCUUGCCUGAAGGCAGCAAGAGUAGAUGGCCGAGUCUAUAACGAGUACUGCGGACUACUAUUGGCCAAGUCGCUGCAAGCGCUGGACCUCUCGGGCAACAAGAUUACCGGUGUGGACGCCCUGAAGGUCCAGACUUUUGUCUCAUUAGCCGAGAACCCACCGAUCACAUUCGCCAAUGGUACUUUACAGAGUACCCUCGACAAGCACCUUCAGCUAGACCUAACUGGCACAGCCAUCACGAACACACGGGAGAUAGCUCAUCUGUUGGAGACACGUGCCUUGCAGAUGACAUCUCAGACAACCAGCACAAACGCCACGGGCGGCUACAGCUGCCACGACGUGACGUCGAACUCACUGAGAGUGAGCUCUCACUUGUUUUGGCCAGAAGGCCUAUGUGGCUGCACGGCAGGGUACGAAGGCAGCAGCACCCACUGCAGCGAGUGCGGCCCCAACACCUUCAACGCUGCCUUCAACAGCUCCUGCCGUCCCUGCCCAGCAAACAGCACCGCGGGCAAAGGCACUGCCUCCAUCGAUGGCUGUCGGUGUGACUGGGGAAGGAUGAUUAAGGAUGCCUGCCAAUGUGACGCCGGAAAAGCCUUAUCCCAGAGCGCCUGCGAAGACUGCAGCGCCCUCCACCUGGACUGCCCUGUCGGAAGCACCGUGCAUACGGCGAAGCCUCAGGUGGGCUACGCGCGGCUGGUCAGUCAGGCUUCCGUGGUUUUCAGGUGCUUGGAUCCGGCUGCGGAGCGCUGCAGUGCUUCAGGGAGCUCCGACAUGGGCUGCACGACCGGCUACGAGGGGCCUUUGUGCGUCGCCUGCUCGGAGGGCUACCGCAGCCGCUCCCGCCAGUGCAUCAAGUGUGAUCUGGCUUCCGACGACACUCGUGGGAAAGCGGCCGGCGUCGCCACAACCGUGGCAGUGGUAGCGGUGGUGGCAGGUGGCGUCUACUUUUGGAGGAGCCGUGCGGCGGAUUCAGGGCCGGCGGAUGCAGCACCCGUGCCGCAGGGCGUCUUGCAGCCGCUGCUUCUAGCCCAGGGCCCUGUGCUGCUCCAGCUGUUCCAGCUGUGGGGCGUGCUGGUGGCCCUGUCCACACAUCGGGACCAAGGAGGUGGUGGUGGAGGCAGUGGAGGUAGUGGAGGUGUUUGGGAAGAGGAAUAUGUGCAGUGGCUGCAGAUGACAGCCAAGGGCUUCCGCGACGCCAUGAGCCUAGAGUGUGCGUACGGCAGGAGCGCCCAGUCCCUCAGCGCCUUGGCUUCGCCCUGCAUCCCGCUGCUGCUGCUGGCACUGUGCAUGCCUUUGGAGGCGGUGCGGCAUGGAGCCGGCGUCAGCUCGGCCCUGAAGUUGCUGACGGCGCUUUUCAUCGGGGGAGCCUCCAGCUGCACGGCCCUGCUCAGCUGCCGCCAAGUCGACGGAGGUGGCGAGCCCUUGCUGGAGCAUGCCUUCCGCGUGGCCUUGCCACUGGUGACGUGCGACGCAAGGGGUGGAGAGGCAGCCUGGGCAGACGGCGUGGGCAUGACGUGCGCAGUGAUGUAUGGACUUGUCAUUCCGGGGCUGCUGCUUUACCUGAUCCUCAAGCAGCACCGAGCUUUGGAGCUCAGCAGGCGCUUCGCCGGACUCGCAGAGGAGGAAGGUGACUUGGUGAAGGUGAGGGUGGAGCCCUUGUGGCGAACGGUGUCGGCAAAGGACCAGGAGUCAUCCAAGCAUCUCAUGGCUGCGGCUGCGGCGCAUUGUCUACUCUUUUCCGGGCGUGUUCGCCUGCAGCUCCAGAAGGGCCACGUGAUCCUCCAAUCAGUAGAGUCAAAGAGAGAGCAGGACGACGCAGUCUUCAACGUGACCUCGGCCACCUUGGCCGCCGCCUUUGGAGCUACGAGAGAUGCAGACAUGCGGCGCUGCCAGUCGAUGACAAGGAUGUUGACGGAACGCUGCGUCCUGGAAGAAGUAGCUCAUUCGGACAGAGUUCUGGCCGGGGCUAAGGAGCUGCUGUUCAAGUAUGCGAUGCUACGCGACGUUUGGUUCGAAGUUGCCAUGAAGUUUGUGGCUGUCAUCCUGGUGGCCGUGGCCUCCACAGAAAGCGGCCUCAAGCUGACUUUGUGCUUCACGCUCGCGACGGCCAUUGCCGUUGGCACUCUGCAGCCCUACAGACAGCGCCAGGUGAACGACCUGCAGUGUUUCUGCUUCAUUUGUCUGGCUGCGGCUUCCAUCGGCUUCGCCCGGGGGUGGGUGGCCCUGGCACGCGGAGCGCUGGCUGCUCCGUUCCUCCUGGCUGGCGUGCAGGUCUUACGUCCAGAUGGCCUCGAUGCGCUGGCACUGCGCCUGUUCAAGGAGGUGGAGCGUCACUGGCCCGCUUUGGAGCGGGAGGAGUCCGUGGAGCUCUUGGUGUAG